UUCCAGUGAAAAGAUAUUUUAUAUUUCUCCCUCUCCUGAACCAUUUAUUAAACGUUACUCCCUAUAGCAGUUCAAUAAAAGUACAAAGUUCUGAGUGUCAUAUUUUCUUCGUAGGCGAGAGAGGCAUUGGCGAUGGUAAAUGUAAAGCAGGAAUUAAUUGUAACGAUUGUAAGCACAGCAUCAUUUGGGUGGAUAGAAGGCUUACAUCAAUCAAAAGCUACGUAAUUAAGGAAGAUUUGUGGAACCGCGAACGGGACCUUAUUUCUUUUUUGCAGGACCAUCUUCGAGGAUCUCAUCUGGACGUCCCAACCGUGUGUCGAUUCGUUGCGUGCUGGCUCAUGGUUCACCAUUCGAAGAAGAUGGAAGAGCUGCAAGUUUCGUCCAGGACCUUCGUCGACUGGAGCAGUUUCUGUCGAGAGGUAUGUAUGCAUUAUUUAACACGUCGUUCCGUUCUUUUAGGUGGAGAAGGAGUAACCGUUGAGAUUGACGAAGCGAAGAUCGGCAAGAGGAAGUACAACCGUGGGAGAAGAAUCGAGGACCAGUGGAUCUUCGGAGGGUACGAGCGAGCUCGGGCAACGUUUUCAUCGUUCCAGUUCCGGAUCGAACCACGGAUACCUUGCUUGAGCUCAUACGAGAGCACAUACGACCUGGCACCACAAUCAUUUCCGAUUGUUGGCGCUCUUACCAGUGUUUAGGUACCGAAGGCUUCCGUCACCUCUCCGUUAACCACAGCUUGACCUUCGUGGAUCCCCACACAGGCGCGCACACCCACAUCGAGAGGCCGUGGAGACGUGCAAGGAGGAAUUCCACGAUAUGGUCGCAGGGAGGCGCAUAUGUCAGGGUAUCUUGCGGAAUUACCCUACUACCUCGAAUUACGAAUCAGGUCUGGACCAUGACACUGAUCAUACAGGAUCAAACGGACCUAGAGCAAAAUCUUUCCGAAGAUAUCAUAACCUUACUGGGAGACGACCUACAACCUGCACGAGACAGUUGCUUUGCGUUGCUCGCACGUACUCUCUAAAGCUGGAAACAUACGAUCUUUCAUUACGACAAACAUGUCCGCGCUUAUAUGUUCGUCAAACAUUAUCAAUAAACGCAUGAUCAAACA